UCACGUGUGAACCGUGCGAUUGUCGAGCGACGUUCUCGCCGCGAUACCGCGAUUCGCCCGAUAAGUACCACAUUGCGCGCGAGGGCCUCGUGAAAGAAUGCCGCCUAAAAAGGACACGAAGGGUUCCUCCAAACAGCCUCAGAAGACCCAGAAGAAGAAGGAGGGUGGAUCUGGGGGAAAGGCCAAGAAGAAGAAGUGGUCAAAGGGAAAAGUACGCGACAAGUUAAACAAUCAAGUGCUUUUCGACAAGCCCACGUAUGAGAAGCUGUUGAAAGAAGUACCGCAGUACAAGUUGAUUACGCCCUCGAUCGUUAGCGAAAGAUUGAAGAUCAGGGGAUCCCUCGCCAGACGGGCGCUGAUAGAACUUCAGCAGAAGGGCCUGAUCAAGCAAGUCGUGCAGCAUCAUGCGCAACUUAUUUACACACGUACCACUAAGGGAGAUGAUCCGGCGGUGUAAUAUGUAAACAUCAAUUUAAUAAAAAAAAACUCUUUAAAACCAAAA